AUGGACCUUGGCUGGCGUGCUGAGCUGAAGCACCCAUACAUGCGCAACACCCUCUUCCCAACGCCCUCUUUCCUUUCCUUACGCUUUACCCCUCCUGCUUCAAUUCUUGUCCUGCGUCACCCAGUGCGAACUUUCCCUUCCUCGCUGCCCCUCCCUGCUCCACCCCUCCCUGCUCUACCCCUCCCUGCUCCACCCCUCCCUGCUCCACCCCUCCCUGCUCCACCCCUCGCACCAUCAGGGCAUGGCACAGGUGGAGGAGCUGUACACGCGCAACAGCCUCUCUGCCGCGGCGCCCACUUUCCCUUUCUUGCUUUCGCUCCUUGCUUCUCCUCCCUUGCUCAGGGCAUGGCACAGGUGGAGGAGCUGUACACGCGCAACAGCCAUGUGGUGGAGCGACUCAAAGAUAUCACCAAGGUCAGUGCUGCUGCUGCACUUGACUUAGGCUGCGAGCCAUACCUGCGGCCGGACCUGCCCACGCUGUGCCUGGUGGGGGCGCCCAACGUGGGCAAGUCGUCGCUCGUGCGUGCCAUCUCCUCUGGCAAGCCUGAGGUGUGCAACUACCCAUUCACCACGCGGGGCAUCAGCAUGGGGCACUUCUAUGUGGAUGACGAGAAGCACCAGCAGCACAACUCUUUCAGCCAUUGCCACACUCAUCCAGUUUCAUAUGCUCCACUGCCCAUGUUCCGUUCCCUGUACUACGUGGCCCAUACUCUUCUCUCCUUCUCCCGUUUCUCAUGCAUCGUUCUUCCCGGCCUGCUUUUGUCGUACCCUCGCCCUGCCUUUGUCCUGCCCUCGUCCCCAGAGCAGCGCAACAGCAUCGAGCUGCUCACCAUAGCAGCCAUCACCCAUCUGCCCACCGCUGUGCUCUUCGUGCAUGACCCCUCGGAGGAGUGUGGUGUCAACCGGUUGAAGCAGUAUCAAUUGUACCGCGAGAUAAAGACGAGAUUUUCCGACCGCGUGUGGAUCGACGUGAUAUCCAAGUGUGACCCGCCUGCUGCUGCUCCCACGGAGGAGCCUCCAGGUGGCCAAUCAGAGGAGGCGGAUGGGGAUAGAAGAAGUGCGGGCCUCGCAGACUUGCUUCCAGAGGGGGCGAGUGAGAAUGGACGGAGGGAGGGCGAGGAGGGCAUGGGCUCUGGUGGAGAGGCUAGUGAUAUUACCGAGGGCAGACACACAGGCGGCAGCAACCGCAGUGAUUCGGAUAGGAGGGAAACCACUGUGGUGCUGCUGGGUGAAGUCGAGGCAGCGAGGGAAGCACAUGGGGGGGAGAACGCAGAGGUAGCGGUGACAGCAGCAAGUGUGGCGGCGUGGGAGGAGUACAAGGCUCACGGUGGGCCUGCUGCCGCCCUGAGAGUGUCAACUGUGGCAGGUGUUGGUGUGGAGGAGGUGAGAGGCGGGUGUUGGUACGGAGGAGGUGAGAGGCGGGUGUUGUUGGUGCAAACCAUACAGGCCAUGCUGUGUGCCCACUUUCUUGGAUCUGCUGACUCAUCCCUGCCUGCAUCGCUCGUCGCCCCGCCCACUGCCACUCCCUCACAAUCCCUGCCGGCCACUCAACCGGCACACACGGAAGGUUCCACGCUGUUUCUGGAAGAUGCUGCAGGGCAAAGUUCUAGGCACAGUUUGGAGGCCUCGGAGGGAGAAAAUGCUACUGGUGGUGGGUCGGGCAAAGCAGGGAAGAAGGGCAAAGCUAGUGACUUCUAUUACCCUCCACUGCCUUCUCACAUGAUGAAAGGUGCAUGA